ACAAACUGUCAUAUCAACGUGCAUGCUGCUCCUGUUGCUGUUACUCUCUCUCUGGGGGGCUGUGGUGUCAGUGACUCCCCCCACCAGCCGUGUGAAUAUCCACUCUGAAUGGACCCUCCAGUUACCUGCCAGUCAUUUGGACUUGGACUCUGCAUCAUCCGGAACCAAUGCAUGGAGUUUAAACUUUGAACUUAACAAAAUCCAGUCUGAGUAAUCAUUUCCUGAUGUAUUUGGAAAACUCUGAGCAGAGUAAAGUCUCCGGGGAAGGGGAGCCGUCUGCUGAGGCCAUGCUUGCUGAACAAUGCCAGGUCCCCAAAUUAACAGAAGCUGCGAAUAUAACCGGCCCUUCAAAGGGAGGUGCUGAACUUGGAAUACAGGUCCUUGUGGAAUAUACUGAGCAGACUUUUGUCAGCAGAGAACUGGACCCUUCUGUCCUUUGUGUGGAGUGUUGCAACAUGAAUCAAGAUGAGACUGAAUCCUGCACAUACCGCAACGGACACUCUGAGAGCUUUGAGCAAUUCUCAGAAAGCGUCGGAUUUUUUGAAUGCGACCAGAUCCUCGAUCAGUGUGAGACUUCGGGGUUAAGCCAGCCAUUUGACGAAUGUGCUCAACACUGUGUGUGUUUUAAACCUUGCAAGUCCUCUGAGCACUGUGCUAAUCAUAGCUUAGCUUCCAAAUGUAGUCCUUGCUGUGAACACUGUGCAGAACACCUCCAAUUAUUUCAGCAAUGCAAGCCCUCUCAUCAACAGCUUGAGCCUUUUGACUUUGAGCCAGAUAAAUUGGCAGUGAACUGUGAUGGUUUUGGGCAGUGCGAAAUGUCUGAUUUCAUAACUGAAUGUGCAGAUCACGUCGAGUUACUGCAACAAUGCGAGCCUUCUGAUCAGCAGUACGAGUGCUUUGACUCUGAGCCAGACACGUCAACAGAGGAUUCUGAGCCAUGUGGAAUGACUGGUUUCACGACUAACAUAUCUGACUCGGUGGACUUAUUGGACUGUGGCACUGAACUUUGUGAGUAUGAUGAAUGCACCAACAAUGAUAAUGUUGAUGAUGAAGAGAGCUGUCUGCCUGAACAAGAGGAUGAGCAAAAUGAAACAGAGCCCACUGAUGAAGAGUCCUGCACAUUAUCAGAGGAUGCAAUUUCCUCACAUUUCGACAAACCUGUUUGUCACGUUUGUUUUGCUGACCGUGAAGACAUUCCCUUUGCAAGUGAGACACACCAGCUCACUGAGGAAAACUCUCCGCAAGCCACUGCAUUAAACGUGUCCACAGAUCACUGUGAAAUGUGUGGAACGGAUUACUCUGAAGCAAGCCAAGAGCAUGAUCAACAAUGUGCUACUUCAGAGCAGUGUUCUGAUAAGACCUCAGAUUUUGGCACUGAAGAAGACGGUUCCUCAGAUUGUUCUUCUGUUGAAACCAAAUCAUUUAAGACUUGUCCUGAUGGCAGCAUUCCUUCAGAUCGCUCCGAUUCAUGCGGGGAAUCCGAGAAAGAAGCUCAGGGUGACUCGAGCGAUGAGCAGACGCAGUGGGAAUCUUUUGAAGACGAUGAAGAAAUAGAGCAAAGCGAUAUUAACGGAACUGAUGAGGAUACAGAGAAAACACCCACUGUUGAUGCCAUUGUUGAGGAUUACUUUGAUCUAUUUGACAGAGCUGACUCUUACGGACACGCGUUCGCGCAGAAGCGACGUUACAUAUCCUGUUUCGACGGGGGAGACGUACAUGACCGUCUGCACCUUGAGGAAGUUCAAUCUGAGGCACAGACACUUGCCAAAAAUGCCUACAAACUUAAAGAAAUCAUUGAGGAGAUUCAUGUCCAGGAAACUGAUGCAUGUUUUGAUGCUCCGGAAGAAGCAUGUGAAGAUGCAAGUCAGAGAGGUGAUGCCUCUUCUGGGUCUUGUGAGUCGGAGGACCAACCUGAAGACUGGAUUGUAGAAUCGGAGUCAAGUUUAGCAGGGGAUGAAGUUGAAGAACAUGAAUCGGAGGCUCAUGAACCUUAUGUGGAGAGUUGUGAGGAAGCAGAGGAAGAUGAGGAGACUGCGUUUGACGGCCAUGUGUCUGAAAUCUGCAAAGAAGAAGAAGCUGAGGUCUGCCUGUCCUCUGCUAAUGAGGAGAGUAUGAGUGCGCCAUGUGCAGAGGACAUCUCUGUUGAAGGUGAUGCAUAUGAGGAUGAAGGCUCUGUUGCUCAGAAUAAUGAAUGUCUUUGUGACAAUACCUCUACCAUCGGACAUUUACAGACUGCUGUUCUCGUCACUGAUUUUGACGACAAAGUAUUUAUCGCAUGUUCAGAAAUGGAGCCAUAUUGGUCACUUGUCAAUCAUGAGGAAAAUGGAGAGACAUGUGAGCCAGGUGUUGAGGAAUACUACGCAUAUCACAUUAAAAGCAUUCAGUCAUCUGUUAAACAAGCCCCGAAUGGAUUUAUCAUGGAAGGAAGAUCAUACGAUCAGAUAAUCCACUGGGAUGCUUCAAGGAAUGAAAGAGAUGAUGCUCUUUCAUCCCUGAAAGAGACUGAGUUACGAGCACAUGGAGUCUGCCCAGAGGAGUGCAAAGCAGUCCGAUUUGGAAUUACUGAGGUUAUUGAGCUGAGUGAGGAUCUAGCCAACCCCUCUGUUGAGGAAAAAACAAGCAACGAACAAACAAGCGAAUCAGACGAUGACAGUGGAUUCAGUGAAACGUCAAGAGAAAUCAAACCCACUUUCGGUAUUAUUCACAGUGUUGUCUCACAACUUGCAAAAAGUGAGAGAGGGGAUGCACACAUGCUGGUCAGAAGGACGGAGGAAAACGAAGCCUCCGGAGAAAGCACGGAUUCAGAAGAGGAGCAGAGCGACGAUGAAUCCUCUGAGCUUUGUGAAUGCGAGUACUGCAUUCCACCAAUCGAAGAGGUUCCAGCAAAGCCGCUGCUCCCACGGGUGAAAUCGAAUGAUGCAGGGAAGAUCUGUGUGGUCAUUGAUUUGGAUGAAACACUAGUGCAUAGUUCAUUUAAGCCAGUGAACAAUGCUGAUUUUAUCAUUCCAGUGGAAAUUGAUGGAACAGUUCACCAGGUGUAUGUGUUAAAGAGACCCCACGUUGACGAAUUCCUCAAGAGGAUGGGAGAACUGUUCGAGUGUGUCUUGUUCACUGCAAGCUUAUCCAAGUACGCAGAUCCGGUGUCGGACCUGUUGGACAAAUGGGGGGCCUUCCGGAGCCGUCUCUUCCGGGAGUCGUGUGUCUUCCACAAAGGGAACUACGUGAAAGACCUGAGCCGUUUAGGAAGAGACCUCAACAAGGUCAUCAUCAUCGAUAACUCGCCAGCCUCCUACAUCUUCCAUCCCGACAACGCAGUUCCCGUAGCGUCCUGGUUUGACGACAUGUCAGACACCGAGCUCCUCGAUCUUAUCCCCUUCUUCGAGAGACUAAGCAAAGUGGAUGACAUCUAUGAUGUCCUCCAGCAGCAGAGGACUUCAAGUUAACAGAGGCAGGACACUAGGAUGAAAACAAUCAACAACAGCUGUCGUCACGGGGCCACGGAGGCUGCUGGGCCGCAGGCUCCACGCUGCUUCCAACUUCAAGGACCACACUGCAAAAAAAAGCCUCUCAUUGAAUCUGGUAUUCUUACAGUAUGUGGCGUAACAAAUAAGUGAAAGCAAUCUUCUGGCAGGGUUUUGCAGCG